AUGUACAUGUUGUUUCACAUUCAUAUUUUCAUAGUUGAGUAUAUAUCAGAUGCUGCUAUUGAGUAUAUAUCAGAUGCUGCUACUGAGUAUAUAUCAGAUGCUGCUACUGAGUAUAUAUCAGAUGCUGCUACUGAGAAUAUAUCAGAUGCUGCUAUUGAGUAUAUAUCAAAUGCUGCUACUGAGUAUAUAUCAGAUGCUGCUACUGAGUAUAUAUCAGAUGCUGCUACUGAGUAUAUAUCAGAUGCUGCUACUGAGUAUAUAUCAGAUGCUGCUACUGAGUAUAUAUCAAAUGCUGCUACUGAGUAUAUAUCAAAUGCUGCUAUUGAGUAUAUAUCAGAUGCUGCUACUGAGAAUAUAUCAAAUGCUGCUACUGAGUAUAUAUCAGAUGCUGCUACUGAGUAUAUAUCAGAUGCUGCUACUGAGUAUAUAUCAGAUGCUGCUACUGAGUAUAUAUCAGAUGCUGCUACUGAGUAUAUAUCAAAUGCUGCUACUGAGUAUAUAUCAGAUGCUGCUACUGAGUAUAUAUCAAAUGCUGCUACUGAGUAUAUAUCAAAUGCUGCUACUGAGUAUAUAUCAAAUGCUGCUACUGAUAUAUGCUAG